AUGGCACAAAAAGCACCACUAGUUAUUCCUGCCGUGAAGAAGCAUACGGCGACGGUCAUCAUGGCCCACGGAUUGGGCGACAGCGGCGCAGGAUGGGUAACCCUGGCCCAGAACUGGCGUCUUCGACAAAAGUUCGAAGAAGUAAAAUUCGUCUUUCCAAAUGCCCCAACAAUUCCUAUCACCGUCAACAUGGGUAUGCAAAUGCCAGGAUGGUAUGACAUUACCCAAUUUCAAGAUCUUCAAGGCGGUCAAGAUGAAGUAGGUAUUCUCCGCUCGCGAGACUACUUCCACAGCCUAAUCAAAUCCGAAAUCGACGCUGGUAUUCCAUCUGGCCGGAUCGUGCUCGGCGGGUUCAGUCAGGGCGGUGCCAUGUCCAUUUUUGCUGGUAUUACGUCGCCUUUUAAAUUGGGGGGGAUCUUUGGAUUGAGUAGUUAUUUGUUGUUACAUAACAAGAUGAAGGAGUUGUUGCCGUCGGAAAACCCAAACAAGUCGACUCCUAUCUUCAUGGGUCAUGGCGAUAGUGAUCCCCUAGUCCUUCCUCAGUGGGGACAAAAGACUGCGGAAAUCUUGAAGUCUGAGGGAUGGAGUGUUGAUUUGAAGAUGUACAAAGGCUUGCAACACUCGGCCGAUCCGGAUGAGAUUGAUGAUUUGGAGAAGUAUCUGAACGAAAGGGUUCCUCCAGUUGAUAAAGCAACCUCUGUUUGGACUAUCGAUAGCUUUACUGCUUCUCUGGCGCUUCAUGAGCCGGAGAAGCCAGAGCAAGCACGUAAAUCGACGGCAGUUGAAGAAGCAGCAUACGAACUGAAUGAAGUGAGGAAAUGA